UGACGCAGGCUCCCCGCUGUCCGAGCUGUCAGCCACGUCACCUCCUCUGGAACAACUUUUCCCCCAGAGCUCUGCAGACUCAUUUUAUGAGUGGAUUCAGCAGACAUUGUUAUCUGUUUAUCUUUCAUGCUUUUAGAUAAAGAGCCAACAAGCUACCGAGCAGAUCCUGACUUCACUGUGCAGCUGUUAGCUUAGCUUUUUUCCUUGUUAUCCACUGGACUCGCGGUUCUGAUUUCUGUGGCUUCACAUCUCUGCAGGAAAUUUUUAGGCCUUCAAAGAGUUGCAUUAAAGUUGUUUUUUUUUAUCGAAACGGAUAGCAAACAUGAAUAUCUUUCGUUUGGCCGGUGACGUGUCACAUCUGUCGGCUAUAAUUAUCCUGCUGCUGAAGAUAUGGAGGUCCAAAUCCUGUGCUGGAAUCUCGGGGAAGUCCCAGGUGCUGUUUGCCCUCGUCUUCACCACCAGGUACCUGGACCUGUUCACUGUCUUCAUCUCUCCUUACAACACCGUUAUGAAGGUGGUGUUCCUCGCUCUGUCCUAUGCCACUGUGUACCUGAUCUACAUGCGCCUGAGGAGCACGUACGGCUCUGACAACGACACGUUCCGCAUUGAGUUCCUGCUCGUGCCGGUCAUUGGACUUUCCUUCCUGGAAAACUACGCUUUCACCCCAAUGGAGAUCCUGUGGACCUUCUCCAUCUUCCUGGAGUCGGUGGCCAUAAUGCCGCAGCUCUUCAUGAUCACCAAGACGGGCGAGGCGGAGUCCAUCACCACCCACUACCUGUUCUUCCUGGGCCUCUACCGGGCCCUCUACAUCGCCAACUGGGUGUGGCGCUACCACACGGAGGGCUUCUUCGACCAGAUCGCCGUGGUGUCCGGCGUUGUGCAGACCAUCUUCUACUGCGACUUCUUCUACCUUUACGUCACUAGGGUGCUUCGAGGAAGAGGAAAGAUGAGCCUGCCGAUGCCAAUUUAAAAAAAGAAAACAAACCAAAAGACGUCUGUGCCGCUCAGCCGACUCUCUGUGCCUGCUGCAGCUCAGCAUCCCACACACACCUUGCCCUUCGACUGUACAUGUAUUUAGCAAAAGGACUAUUGUGUGUGUGUGUGUGUGUGUGUGUGUGUGUGUGUGUGUGUGUGUGUGUGUGUGUGUGUGUGUGUGUGUGUGUGUGUGUGUGUGUGUGUGUGUGUGUGUGUGUGUGUGUGUGUGUGUGUGUGUGUGUGUGUGUGUGUGUGUGUGUGUGUGUGUGUGUGUGUGUGUGUGUGUUGUGUGUGUGUGUGUGUGUGUGUGUGUGUGUGUGUGUGUGUGUGUGUGUGUGUGUGUGGUUUUUUCUUCUUGAGAUGCUGAAAAAUGUGUCACUGAUUUGAACAUGGAUCUUAAAGUGAGUAACGCUAUGGAAACUGUAUAUUUGUCUUUCCCUACUGUAUAAAGCUCAGAGAGACACUUUGUUAUAAUGUUUUAAACCAGAAAAUUGUAAAAAAAAAAGUGUCAUGGAUUUUCAUACAACCACAUUUUUACUGUUUCUUAAUUCAUCUUAUUUAUACAUCCCAAUAUUGAAAUCACGAAUUUGCCGUUAGGGGCUUUCCAAUCUGUACAUCUCCCACAAAGUGUCUUCCUUAGAGCGUACUGUGUUAUAUGCAAACCUCUUAAAGGUCGUCUUUUAUAUUUCAAUGUAUUUUAAUGUGAUUCCUCAUGGGAGGAAAAAGGGCUAAAUGUUUCAUUUUGUCUUAAAUGAAGCCAAAGAUGGGACAGAUAAAUGCUGCAAUUGUUUAAUCCAGAAAAUGUUUGUGUUUGUUUAACGGGACUUAGAAAGUACUUUGUGUCAGGGAUGAAAAUGGGGGGAAAAUGGCAGCAGAGCGUGUUGAAUAUCUGUAAAAGAUGUACCUGUUUUUGAUAAACGUUUUAGUCACAGAUAUGACAUUAUCUUUAUUAUGUGAAUGAUCUCAAGUCAAA